AAGGCUGGAGGAUUUUUAAAAAAGGAAAUCCCACACUCGCAAAUCGAGUCCCGCAGAGUUCGUUGGCUUCGAGGGGAUGGAGCCGCAAGAACACGUGAACUGAAGCGAGCUCUUCCUGACAGCUCUUCCUCACACAGCAAAAUGAUUCCUCCAAGCAACGCGACUGAAGUCAGCCCCGAGAGCGUGGAGAAGGAAAUCGACACGGAGAGCCCGGAUCAGCCCCCAUCGCCUGCCUCCACCACCAGCCAGGAAUCCAAGCUCCAGAAACUGAAGCGAUCACUUUCUUUCAAAACCAAAAGUUUGCGGAGUAAAAGCGCAGACAACUUCUUCCAACGGACAAACAGUGACAUGAAACUACAAGUAGAUUUGCUAUCGGAAAUCAGCCCCAGAACGGGGCAGCUCCCAAACCUUCAAAGUCAGACGUCCACUCCAACCAAAGUUCAUCACCCACAGGAAGGCAACAAGACUCACAUUUUCCAGGAGCAUAUCUUCAAAAAACCUACCUUCUGUGACAUUUGCAAUCACAUGAUUGUUGGGACAAAUGCUAAACAUGGACUGCGCUGUAAGGCGUGUAAACUGAGCAUUCACCACAAAUGCGCUGAGAGCAUCGGACAGCAACGCUGCAUGGGCAAACUGCCCAAAGGCUUCCGCCGUUACUACAGCUCUCCGCUACUCAUUCAUGAACAAUUUGGCUGCAUCAAAGAAGUGAUGCCUAUAGCGUGUGGCAAUAAGGUUGACCCAGUCUAUGAAACACUUCGCUUUGGGACUUCCUUGGCCCAGAAAACCAAGAAGGGCAGCACUGGGAGUAGUUCAGGUUCACCAAAGAGAAACUCUACAUCAGAUUUGGCAGAAGUUCCUGAGGAAGGUGACAGUCCAGGGAGUGUGCUUGACAUAAACAGGAGGCGCAGCAAUAGCGUGUUUACAUACUCAGUAAAUGGUACUACAGACUUUGGAGAUGAACCGAAAAAAAUAAACUCAGUACUACAGGGAUCUCUUAAUAAAGACACAGUACAGAUGAAUACCUAUGUUGCCUUGUACAAAUUUGUACCACAAGAGAAUGAAGAUUUGGAAAUGAGGCCAGGAGAUAGGAUCACACUUUUGGAAGAUUCAAAUGAAGACUGGUGGAAGGGAAGGAUAGAAGAUCGGGUUGGCUUUUUUCCUGCAAACUUUGUUCAAAGAAUACAAGAUGAAAACAUUUUCAGGUGCAUCAGAACGUUUAUUGGAUGCAAGGAACAGGGACAGAUAACACUGAAGGAGAACCAAAUCUGUAUAUCUUCAGAAAAGGAACACAACGGCUUUAUCAAAGUAUACAGUGGGAAGAAGAGGGGCCUGGUCCCCAUUGAUGUCUUAGAAAACUUCUGAUUUGCAUCUGCUCAACCACUGCAGUAGCAAAGCUUUGCCAGCGAGACCUGUCUGCCUCAACUUGCACUGUGUCAACCCAAAUAAAACUGUCUUGCAGAUGACCAGGGAAUCAUGAGACAACCACUACGAUCAAUCAAUUUGGACAUUAAAGCUGCUCAAGAGCAACAUGAGAUGGUUGAUCAAUAAAACUAUACAGUCAGAAAAGGAGCCAACAAGGGUGGUAAGAGUGUUAAGGGAGGGAUGUGUGUGUGUGUGUUGUUCUUUUUUUAAAGAUAGUUAAGAAGUUAAAUUGGAGGGUUUUUCUGAGUAAGGCUGCUAACCAUUACUCUGAAGGAAAGAAGCAACUAAUCUCAAAGAUUAGAUGUGCACGCUGUUUGUGUGUCUUAAGAAAAUUGGAACUUUUUUCUUGUUUGAAGUGUGAUUGAAUGGGCAAGAGUUUGGAAUUUUUGCCCUGUACUACUAUGGUUUGAGUUUUGAAAUAGAUAAUGUGAGUCUGGUCCUAAAAUGUUGUCCAUGCUGUUAGGCAAUCAGCAUUAUGUUUGAAUCUGAUUUUUAAAGUUUUAUAACAAAGCAGUUCAUUUGAAGUCUGCAGACAUCCAUUUGGGAAACGUAUUGUGUCUUGGACUUAUUUUUCUGUGAUUUUUAACCUAUGUUUUUGUGGCAAGCUUGUACAUCUUGGGUUCCUUGUGUACAAGCAAAGAUUUUAGCAUGGAUGUAAAUGCUGUUAAUGCAGCCAAUGAAUAAACAUUAUUUCUCCAGUGCAGGCCUAGGCACAAGAAGUUGCCUGAUUCCUCCCCAAAAAUGAAAAAUACCAGAAGUAAGGAGCUGGGUUGCAGACAUGGCAAAGAAAUUUUCUAUUUUUCGUAUAUCAUUUGAGCAUAUUUUAUAUAUAUGCAUGAACCUGUUUAUAUGGGUAACAAAUUCCAUUUCACAAUUUUUUAAGAGAGAGAUUUCUGUUGAUGAAAAACAGUGACUGGAAGAAAAACGUAUUGAGGUAGCAUACUUGUGAGCAAAUGCAACAAGCGUCGUAAGAUGAUCCACCUACAGGCACUUACUGGCCACAGUCUAACACAGAGAGAGUCACACAGAGGCCCAGUGACCUCUGUAGUCUUACGUCAUUUGAAUUAUGGCCACUGAUGGAAACUGCAGCUAUAAAGCCAGAAUUUCACCCACUGUUUGGAAUUCUGCUUUGACACCAAGCUGAGCAACCCUCUCCUGAUUCCAGUAAAACCUGGAGGUCAGCUUCUCAUUCUUUCUAGGUAAUGGGGACAGCAGAUCAGAACUGCCUGGCCUAAAAGCUUAUUAGGAACAUCACAAUUCAAAGACUUAAAUAGCACCAAGUAGUCCUUCUGCCCCUGGAUGCUGACAUUUUAAAGAAUUAUAACCUGCUCAUUUCAGUAAUAAGUUAACCAGCAAUGUUCUUUUAGAAACCAUACCAGCAUAUUUAAAACGCAAAGAUUACUGUAAGGAUAUAACAAUGCAGGAAGAAAAAGAGGGUGAAGGGAGUUACUAGGAAUUGGGAGGAGAAUAAACAAUGGCUCUUUUCAAUUAAUGGAUUGACCUUAUCCCCACAUAUAAUAGCUCAAUAGAAAAUCAAUGGCUCUUAGAGCAGUGCAGCUCUUUGGCUUCCCACAGAAAUAAAAUGUGACCAUUUUAUUGCAUUAACCAGUCUGAGAAAUUUGGAGCUGACUGCCCCAAGCAGAUAGCAUGCUGCCAGUGCAGCUCUUUGGCCUUCACCUCUUGCCUUGCACUCCAGUCUGUGGCUGACUCAGUCCCAGGGUGCAUUUGCCACCAGAGAUGCUGCAGUUGGCGGGUUCAAGCCCACACUUUGUAUUUAGCCAAGGGCUGCUAUGUCUAGCACAUACUCCAUCUUCGGAUUUUGAACCCAUAGUUACAUUUGCUGUCAUGAAAAUGCAGAACGUAUGCAUGCUCCGUCAGAGCCGUGAAAGCUAUGUGUGGGCUUACACAUACCCCCGAUUAGCUUGAAGGACUUGGCUUCUCCUUGGUUACUCUAUGGAGUGGAACUGAAGACUACUGACAACCAUUCCAUCAGUUUUCUAACUGUUGCAUAUAUAAAUAAAUUCACCCCUAAACAGAAACACAACAAUAAAGCUUCAUAUCUUAAACCAUGGGAAUGCUAGAAAUCUUUUAUUAUAUAGCUUUUUUCCAAUAUAAAUGUAUUUUAAAACAGUUUUCCAUGUCAGCUCAUUUUGCAAAGGAAAUCAGACAAUUGAGAAUUGGAAAGGAGCGGGUCUUUAUGACAAAAGGGGGAGAACAGCAAAAGCAUUACCUGCUUUAUGCCAUUGCUUUGACAUUCACUGAUCUGAGGGGAGGGAUCUUGGGAUGCCUGUUGAAAAAUUAAAAUCAGUACUUAUGGUUACUGUCUUUUGUUCUGCAAAGACUAGAUAAAACCAUCCAUCCAUAUGUGCUACUGUUUACUUGAAUGCAACAUACUGUGAUUCUUGUCUCUUUCAAUUGCUUGAUACUUCAAUUUCUCUUUCAGUCCUGCCUCAUGGGAUAAAAAUGAAUAUUAAUUUCAAUCCACAAUGGCCUUUAAUCAAUGUCUCAUUUCUUUUGAUACUAAGCAAUAAACAAUAAAGUGAUUUUUAACAGA